UGCCAGUCCCUUUAGCCCCGUGCUGACUGGUUCGCGUUGCUGCCACUCCAGUUUAGCCUAGUGGCGCGCGGCGGUUCGGCUACUGGCGGGCGCGUGAGCGGCGGCGGCGUCGGAAGUGGCCGGCGUGCCCAGUCCCCGCCGAUACCAUGCUCCCGUUGUCACUGCUAAAGACAGCUCAGAAUCACCCCAUGUUGGUAGAACUUAAAAAUGGGGAGACGUACAAUGGGCACCUGGUAAGCUGCGACAACUGGAUGAACAUCAACUUGCGCGAGGUGAUCUGCACGUCCAGGGACGGGGACAAGUUCUGGCGGAUGCCCGAGUGCUACAUCCGGGGCAGCACCAUCAAGUACCUGCGCAUCCCCGACGAAAUCAUCGACAUGGUCAAGGAAGAGGUGGUGGCCAAGGGCCGCGGGCGCGGUGGCCUGCAGCAGCAGAAGCAGCAGAAGGGCCGAGGCAUGGGGGGUGCCGGGCGAGGUGUGUUUGGCGGCCGGGGCCGAGGCGGGAUCCCGGGCACGGGCAGAGGUCAGCCAGAAAAGAAGCCAGGCAGGCAGGCGGGCAAGCAGUGAACCAGCCCUGCGUCCCCCAAGACUGAGCGGCGGGAGGCUGCAUGGCUGCUCCAGUCCACAGUCUGUCCAGAAUGGAAAGAAGAAGUAGGUGUUCGUGGGACCCCACACACACACACACACCUGUGCAUCUGUGUAUUUUGUGAUCCUCUUUAUGUAAAGUUUUUUGUUUUUUGGGUUUUUUUAGCCAGCACGGCUAUACCUGGAAGUGUUAUUUGGUGUUUUGGGUUUUGUGAAGUUUCAGUCGAAGGCUGUGUGUGUUAAUGCCUCUUUAGGGUCCUCACCCUUCUGUUAGGGGGGCAUGUUCCAAACAGGUUUGUUUUGCAUCGUGUGUUGGCUCCCUGUGUGGUGAACAUACUGGAGGUUUUUAUUAGGUUGGUGCAAAAGUAAUUGCGUUUUAAAAGGUUAAAAAUAAUUGCAAAAACCGCUAUUAUUUUUGCACCAACCUAAUACUUGUAAGCUGUUUACACUGAGAUUGACAGCCCAGGGAGUUUUCUGAAACGUGGGCCCAAAAUUGCCUUUGGAAACAAAUCUGGACAGACGUGCGUCUCAGAAGCUGUUCAGGGGAUGUGGUUGGGCCUUGCCCCUACAUCUCCUCUCUCCCUCUGUGGGUUAACAAAAAUAAAAGCAAACACGACGACAAACUUAAAA